UAAACAACUGAUUUACUGACAACGGACAAAAUGCUGGAAGCACAUCCAAAAACUCAUCUGCAAUUAAAAUUACAAGCAAGUGGUCACUCUGUUCACCUCCUUUACCAGAGAGGUGACCCUGCUCCCGGCAACCACCUCCACCCAAGGGCCACAGAAGAACUCCUCCUUCCUCUAACCCCCUUUCCUUGGCCUCAAACCUCACGAUAAAACCUGCCUUGCUGUUUCCCAAUCGCUUUUGUAAAGGAAGUUGGGUGUAGAGCUCUUCUUUCUCCCUCCCUUCCUUUUUUCUUUCCUUCCUUCCUUUCUUCUUUCCUUCCUUCUUCCAUGCCUUUCUGUCUUUCCAAAUUCAUUGCUUUGUAAGAAACAUUCUCAGAUCACCUCCACUCCACUAGAAAUCCAACGCAGGCGAGACGGAGUCAAACACAGGCGGUGGGCGGGUGGCCUCAGCCGGCACCAUCUGGCACCUGCGAUUCAUCGCCACUUUCCAUCCGCCCAGAGGUCAGGGGGGCAGCAGGCAAAGGACACGCAGAGCUGGUGUGUCCCAGUUCCUCUGAAACUUUCAGCUGACCGCACCCUCCCCCGACAAACCUCUUUAAUCGUCCAUCAAGCUAGAAGAGUACAGUGACCUCUGCCUGGCUUUUGGAGUUUGCAAAAGAAGCAAGCAAUAAAAAGCAAGACCAGGUUCGCCGGUUUGCUUCCUUCACCUCCCAAGAGCAGCGCGCAGCGCGGCUGUGCGGCCGGAAGGGGCCGCUGUUUGCUCAGCGCAGCCGCCCCGCCGCUGCAGCCACCGCGGCCCGCACCUCCCACGGCCGGGCUGGUCCAGCCCCGCCAAGUUCCAACAGCCCCCCCUCGAGCGAGCGCCGGGAACGAGCACCGCCAGGGCUGGAGCGGACGGCUUUAGAAGAGCCUAGCUGCUGCGGGCGUCGGAGAGGCUCCUGGGAAACUCCCCACGGCCCAGGGACUUUCGAAAGCAGAGCGAGGAGCCCUCGCACGCGCUAGUCUGCGAGUGAGCGCUCAGCCCGGCACCUGUUCCUCCAGCGCCACCGCCUUCCCACCCUUCGGACCCGCGCCGCUCGCGGCGCCCGCUCUUUCCUGCGAUGAAUCCGGCCCUGGGCAACCAGACCGACGUGGCGGGCCUGUUGCUGGCCAACAGCAGUGAGGCGCUGGAGCGAGCCGUGCGCUGCUGCACACAGGCGUCCGUGGUGACCGACGACGGCUUCGCGGAGGGAGGCCCGGACGAGCGCAGCCUGUACAUAAUGCGCGUGGUGCAGAUCGCGGUCAUGUGCGUGCUCUCACUCACCGUGGUCUUCGGCAUCUUCUUCCUCGGCUGCAAUCUGCUCAUCAAGUCCGAGGGCAUGAUCAACUUCCUCGUGAAGGACCGGAGACCGUCUAAGGAAGUGGAGGCGGUGGUCGUGGGGCCCUACUGACCCGCCCUCUGCCCCCGCGGCAACCGCUCCCACGCCUGCCCACUUUGCCAGCCCGACUGUGCCCUUCACUAUCAGAGACUGGGCGAAGCAAACCUGUCGGAGUCAAUUAUUUCUCUCGACUUCGGCCUUUCGGAAAGAAGCGACCGGUUUCUCCUUCGCCCUCCGAAAGUCCUCAUUCCUGGCAGUCGGAGGAGAGCGCCCAGACUUCUGGACUCAGCAGAAAGUGGCAAGAAGAGGGCGAUCAGGGCGCAGAACUUUGGAAGCUGCUACUUACUUGGAAUGCCGGGAGACCGACGGGGCGAAGGCCCUUCCCCACCCGCAGGUGGGCCAAGCUCUGGGGGCAGAUGGAGAGGGCGGGCAGGGGAAAGACCCAGCGGCACUGAUCGCCUUGUGACCGGAAGAGUGACCUGUUAAAAGCCACGCAGCAGACUCAUGGGGUCUCACAAAUCCGUGUCCGGGUGCGCUCCCACUCUUCUGCUCCCCCUCUGCCCUGGAGGGGAGAGGCGAUAAAUACCUUUGAUUGUCACGUGCCGUUUUAAGAGGUUUUGUGUUUGUUUGCUUGAAUACAAAUGUUUGAUAAGUCUUUUUCUGCCCCAGUGGCCUGUUUGCCUGCCUGAGGAGUUAGUUUUGUCAUUGUGGGAGAAGGGGUGGGGGGAGGGGGAGCCUGCGAAUUUGAACGGGGUGAGUUGUUUCUUUUAGUGCAUUUCCCACUGGGUCUUUUGGGAGGUGUCUAGCGUUCCUGCUGGCCCUGGGACAAAGACCCAGAAUAGAACUCGUAGCUCGUGACUGCACGGUUUACGCCACAAAAGUGCUCUUGACAUCCGUGACACCGUUUUGACUUUUUGUUUUUUUCUUAUUUAACAUUUCCUUAAUAAAUGCAACAUUUAAGCCUUU